AUAAAGAUAUUAGAAAUAUAUAGGAAGAAUGGACAGUCAAUCACACGGAGUAUUCAGUAAAUUGGUGUUUGUGGUCACUAUUGGGACUUUGAUUAUUUUAUCCCUGUGCCUCAAGUCUUAUGAUCAGACUUUCUGGACAUCUACAGCUAUACAGCUUAAAAUUAAUCAUUAUAAGGAACUAAGUUAUGUGUUAAUUUUUGUAACUCUUGGAUUAAUUAAUGUACUUGUUGGAGAAAUAAUUGUGAGAUCACUCAUAUUCCUCGAAGAACUCAGAUACAUCAGACGCCGAUAUGAUGGAAAUGUCUGUAGUGUGAUUCAACGUUUUUCCGCAAAGACUAACGUCCCCUUGUUUACUUUACCUAUUCUUGUAGCUAUCAUGACUUAUUUGAAUCUCAAAGGCGAUGGCAUGUUGGUAGUGUGGCGGAUCCUGUUAACUAAAUGGAACUGUACUUUUAUUAUUUCUAUUUCAUUAAUACCAUAUCUUCUUAAACUACAUACCCCAACAGUAUCACAAUUAAACAGAAUUUUAGAAGAACAGAAAAUGAAUGUUGGUCAUGGUUUUGCAUGGUCUUUCUAUUUUGGAUAUUUAAGGCUUAUUAUUCCAGGAUUGCAUUCACGUAUUGAUUCCUGGACAAAGACUAAUAUUACAGAUAUAAAUCAAAAACACAAAGUAAUACCAAAGCUUUACAUCUUAAUCCCGAAAUCUUGUUACUGUCCACCUUCAAUAACAGCUGCGGAUCCACACCUGAAAGUAGCUGGAGUAACUCCCUCCUUUGUCGCAAAUAGAGCAGGAACUCAGCGUAGAGAAUAUAAAAAUACUGUAUAUUGUUUUGAAUCAGAUGGGAUGAUAUAUUACUGUUUGGUGGAAUAUGCAACACCUAUAUUGUCUCUGUAUGAAAUGAGCAACAGCAAGGAAGCUGGUUUAUCAUCGUAUGAACGACUUCAACAGAUGAAUACAUUUGUAUCAACUCUACAGGAAAUAAUCAACUCCAACCCUGACACAAAAAAUUAUUGUAGCCUUGUUGUCUUCGAUGAUAAAAAGCCUGAUGGAAGUGAACAAUCUGUGACAGAAUUGUUGAAAGAAAGAAUAGACAUUGAUCUGAAGGAACAAGCUCUGACAAAAUCUUUCUAAUAAAAUGUAGAAAGGAGUUCAAGAAUGUAGUUUUGUGAAAAAUAAAAUAAAUAUAAACUUCAUGAAAAA